UUGCCUUUCGAUCGAACAUGAGCAGCUUCCACGACCUCAUGGCGCUGAGUGAUCUGCUCCAGCCAGCGGAGGAAGAUGAGCGACAUGAGGGAACGUUGACCAAGACUCCUCCGAUGCCUCAUGCAAACAUACCCUUACCAAAAGAAGCCUUGAAUCGACGAAUUGGGCAAAUCGUCCCCCAAGAUCUGAAAGCGAUAUGGACCGACGAUGAAGUGGCUGGCAGCGACGACGACGACGAGUUUGACACGCGAACUCGCCCAAAAUACGAAGUUCUGUUCAAGCAGGAAGUGAUGACCGAAGACGUGUUUCUGGGGCUGGGGGACAAGGACCCGUCCAGUUCAAACUGCGACCACAUCACCAUCAAGAUGGUGUUCCCAGGGCACUGCCUGGAUGAAAUUGGCCUCGAUCUCAACAAGCGCAGACUCGUGGCCCAGUCGCAUGCGUGGUACGGAUGACGUGGUAUCACCAUGGGAGACUGACCAACCACCUGAUGGAUUGGUUUCUAUGGUCCUAAUAUGUAGCAAGUUGGUCUUGUAUUGGCCCACACCAGUGCAGCACAAGCGAGGGCGAGCGACGUGGGACGCCAAGACGGACACGCUAGCCGUGACCGUUCCCAUGCUCAAGGACGAGUGGUAGAUUUGUAUAUAUGUAGGCUUUACUCUUGGUAUAAAUAAUACUAGAAGGAGAUUGAUUGGUCCUACUACAGGACUUUCGGUUGUAGUACAG